ACAACAAUGAACGUCAAAGAAGAUGCGACCAGUGUUUAUGGUCUCGUUACUGAAUUAAGCAAACAUAUAUUGCAAACGUAUCGAUCUGUUUGUGGAAAUGUUCAAUUUACUUACGAACACGAUAUUAAAGCGAUUAAACAUCUUCGAACGAAAGCGUUUGAAAUAUUGUUAAAUAAAAGUUGUUACAAGGAUAGCACAGACACAGAUCCAUUAAUAGAGGUACAGAAACAUGCCUUUGUAUUGAAACUAGAAUUGAAGCAUGUACAUGAUGCUAUUGCUUUAGAAAAUCUUCUACAAGAGAUAGAAGAAUUUUCCUACUCUGAAAUACAAGUUAUUUCUGUUUUGCAAUUAUUAGUGCAAUUAAAAAAUUUCAAGACUAAUCCUGAGCCAAUAAUAAAUAUAUUUUACUAUGGCAAAACAAAUCCUGCUGUACCAGAAAUCACAUAUCCUACCAAUAGCGUACCACCAUUUCAAGUAUAUCCCAUGGAAUGUUUUAUAUCAUCAGAUAAAUUUGAAGCAACAUUGGAAACACAAAGAUUCCAAAUCACUCGCACUACACCUUCAAAUACGAUAAACGAACGACCUUUCUUAUAUGGUGCAAUGAAAUGCAGAAACUUACUUGGAAUAGAAAACAUAGAUGUAUGUACCGCAUCGGGUUUUAUGUCCAAUCAUGCAUUUGAUACGGAAUCGUCGCAUACUUUGUUAUCUCCGGAUCAACAGUUUAUACUAAAUUCAGAAUUAAGUUCGUACAUGUUGCAAGACGAUAUGAUGAAUGAAAACAAGAACGAGAUUGUACAAAUUAAUCCAUGGAAAAGAGGAUUCUUAACGAAUUAUUUGUGUCUUCCUUUUAUCCAAGAAAUUACCAUAGAAAAUGAAAGUUUUACGGAUACGUGGAAACCUAUUAAAUACAGCGAUGACGAUGGAUCAGACAGCUCGGAUAUGUGGAAUUUUGUAUGGAAUCAAUUUGAGCUUAACGGUACAGCUAGUUCGGAUUACCAUACAUGGGAAUGUUUGGGGAAGAUUGAGGCUACUAAAGAACCAGUGUUUGCUACCGACACGUCAGCUGCAGCAAUACACCUGACGAAAAUCAAACAAACGAAUAGUUUGCCUUUACUUUCAGAAAAGAUCAUGAAUUCUGUGCUUCUUCCGGAAGAAGUUUCUGGCCAGGAUUUUGUCAGCGAUUUGAAGUUAAUGUUACUCGGUGUAGAAUCAAGUUCCUUUCAAUAUGACCACCUGACGGGAUUUACCCUGAGGAAAAAUAUUAGCGUAUAUGGCAUGCAUUCAGAAUCGUUAGAGAAAAUUUGUCAGGACGCAGUUAAAUGGGGUAACUGCUUUACAUUUCUAUCCGAUCUUGUCACGUCGAAGUUCCAAAAUAGCAAGUUGCAGCAAGAGGGAUUGAUAUUUAAAGCCAUGUGUACGAGCAUCAAAGAAUUACUGCUUUAUUAUCAAGCGGUACUCUUAAGGAUCUUUACGUACCAAGAUGAAUCAGGAAGUGGAUUACUGAAUUUGUUGCAGAAAGUACGUUCUGUGACUACGUUGAUCACUAAAGUUGCUAAGGUUUGCGAACCUUACAGGGAACGUCAGAACACGGUUCGAGAAGGAAAUGGAAUUCUUACUAGAAUAUAUAACGAAGCGAUUAAAAUUACCGAUGGCAAAGUUGCCUUGGUAUUCUAUUCUUUAUUGAAGUCUUGCUGUGAAGUUUACUUUCGGUUUUUGCAGAAAUGGAUAUUCGAAGGAAUAUGCGACGACAUUUACGGAGAAUUUAUGAUUAAAACACGGCCACAGUAUUUGCGUAACCGAGGUCAUAGGUUUUGGACGAAAAGUUUCUCCGUUUUUAGCGAUUCGGUACCAGGAUUCUUAAACGAUCUAGCGGAAUCGAUACUUCAGUGUGGAAAGACAGUAAGACUUUUAAGAACUUGCGAUCCAAAGAAUCCAGUCUGUCAUGUUUGCAUAACCGAACAACCAGAAGUAAACGUUUGCUUAAGCGUAAGCACGCUGCGCGAACAAUUAACGAGAUGCCGAGAAUACGAAAGGAAAGGUAAAUCUGCUCUUGGUCCUCUACUUUCUCUUUCUACGGCUAUUUCCGAUCAAAAGGCGAUGGAGAAAAGUAUGACUGAGAUCAUCGUUCCUACACCCACUGACCCAGCCUUGAGAAUUCAUGGGGAACCAGGAAUUAUAUUAAAAACAUUUGAUAAACCUGAUUUCUCAGUAAAUGUACAAGAAGUACGACUGCAGAAACAGAAAGAAUACGAGCUGUCGAAAAAAUCACAGGUACAGAUUGAACGCGAUCAACAGGGAAAUAUAAUAAAAGAAAAAUCGCAGUACGAUAUUGAACGGGAUGCAGUGACUGCUGCUCAGAAAACUAAUAUUUUGAAUCAUUAUGAGAAUCUAACGAACGAUCUCGAUAAACGUUGCAUGCGUACUCGGUGGCGGGCCAGAAGAAUGACGUUCUACGAUAAAAGAAUCAUCGCGCUAGAUUCGCAGGAUCAGUUGGAAAUAAUUGACGACGGUCGUUCUGUAUUAGAAUCAGAUCCCGUUAUCGUGGCACCGAUCUCCUAUAAAGAUGAGAAUAAGAAUUACGCGAGGACAACUUAUCAAGAAUUCACGUCGAACGUAACGAUCAAACCGUACAGUGAAAUUGAUCGAGAAAACUUGCCGCAAAGCCGAUCCUCAUUUACGAGCCACGUGCGUGAGACGAUAAGCAACGAUAACGAAGAUGUAACAAAUAAGAUUCGUCGCACGGAUCGACCGUCAGAAAUUGAAAGACCUACUUUCUUAAAUGUUCUGAAAAUCGAAGAUGCGAUGACGCAACCGGAAAUCGAUAAGAACGAGUUCAUGACGCCAAAUAAUAACCAGCUCGACAUACAGCGGAUCAAAUUGACCCUCGAGUCGACGAACGAGGCAACGAGAAAGGCUGUCUGUUACGUUGCGGAUACAAAUUUCAGUCGGGAAAAUAAUUCCGAAACACCGAUGUCGUGUACCACCACGGAUAAUUUUGCUUCGUCGGUACAGAGUCCUGUUUCACAGUAUUCCACUCUAUCCUCUAUGGAAGUGUCAAACAUCCUUGCAUCUAAUUCCUUGAAUACGAUGACAAAAUCCUCCGUAACCAUGAAAAGUGAUUCAACGUUUUCAGAUAUGUUUGGAUUAGCUCGCAUGCUGGAAACAACGGGUGCCACGUCCCCAUCGACAACAGCUCCCUUGACCAUUGCCGAUGUUGAGAUAAUAGAUCAUACCUCUCUUCAAAGUUACUUGGAAAAGUCAAUUCGUAUUCCUCUUGACAUACAGAGCCGUCUCGUUAACAAUGCCAUAAUUAAAUACUUUUUGAAGGAAAAUAACUUGCUCUCGCACUUGCACAGUCUACGUAGCUACUUCUUCUUACUGAACGGAGAAUUUGCGAAGAGUUUAACAGACUCCCUUUACUCCCGUUUGUAUCAAAUCUCCGUGCCUAUCGAAUUGUUUAAUUCCGCCACGCUAACUAAUCUUUUGGAACGGGCGCUCAUUCAUUCCUUUAGUAACGUUUACGUCAACUCGGAAUUACUAAGUCUUUCAGCAACGGACACGCCAGCUCAGUUACACAUAUCCGAUCCUACUGCAUUGGAUUGUCUUUCACUUAACUAUAAAAUCAGUUGGCCACUUAACAUUAUACUUGACGAAACAGUGAUGCAACAAUACGGCAGAGUAUUUAAAUUUUUAAUAACCAGCGGUCGUGUCUCGUGGGUGUUGCAAGAAGACUUUAAUGUAAUGAAAAGAGAACGGAAAGCAACGACAUCGGAGCAAUAUCAUAAAUUGCAAUUGUAUAGGCAUUCUAUGACACAGUUUAUGAAUGCUUUGCAUAAUUAUCUAACGUGUAGUAUCUUGCACUCGAGUUGGGCAGAGUUUGAGACGGAUUUGGAGAACUCGUUAACCGUAGAUCAAAUUUAUUUGUCACACGUGAACUACAUAAAACGGAUACUCUCACGAUGCAUGCUCAAUAGUCGCGGUGAGAAGGUACGCGUAUGUUUAAAUAAUAUAUUCAAAGUUAUUUUGAAAUUCCAUAAUAGAUUGAGAUCCCAAAAUUGGGUUGCCAAAUCCUCAGGAUACGUACAUCCUAAUUUUAAACUUGAACAAAUGUACCGAGCGUUUUGCGAGUUGCGGGCAUAUAUGGCGCAUGUUGUAUUUAAGCUAGCCACAAGUGGAUAUCAACCACAUUUAAUGCAUUUUCUAAAUGCUCUUAACAUCAAUCAGAUGUAUGAUCUGACUGUUAAGAAUUAUCGAGGUUCCGCAGCUCUUUCGGAGCUUUAAUAAAUUUUCCUUCGUUUUCAUUUGAAAA